AUGAAAAUCCUCAUAACAGGCGCCUCCGGCUUCGUCGGCCAAAUCCUCGCCGCCAAACUCCUAGAAACAAAAACCGCAACAUCCCUCCUCCUCGCCGACGUCCACAAACCCACUCCCCCCUCAACCACAACCACAAACAUCCCCAUAACAUGCAUCUCCGCCGACCUCACCUCCCCAACCGCGUGCCAAGACCUCAUCGCCCACUCCCCCGACGCAGUCUACAUCCUGCAUGGCAUAAUGUCGUCCGGCAGCGAAUCCAACCUGCGGCUCGGUCUCAGCGUAAACUUCGACUCAGUCCGCACCCUGCUCGACACAAUCGCCACGUCGCGACCGGGCAUCAAAGUAAUCUUCACCUCCUCGUGUGCGGUAUACGGCCGCGCGGCCGUUGCGAACAUCGCCACGGAAGUCGAUGUGGUGCCCAUGCCGGAAUCCAGCUACGGGACGCAGAAACUCAUGAUCGAGUGUCUUGUCAAUGAUUACUCGCGGCGGGGACUCAUCGACGGCCGCGCCGUGCGGUUACCGACUGUUUUCGUGAGAGCGGGUGCGCCGACGGCGGCGGCGUCCAGUUUCGUGUCGGGUAUUGUGAGGGAGCCGGUUCAUGGGGUUGCGGCGGAGUUGCCCGUGGAUCCCAGUAUAGGUAUUUGGCUGACGUCGCCGCGGACGUUGGCGGCGAAUUUGGUGCAUGCGGUUGGUGUACCCGGGGAGAGGUUUGGCCAUUUUAGACAGGUGUUGUUGCCCGGGUAUACGGCGACGAGUGGGGAGAUUUUGGACGCGUUGGAGAAGGUGGCUGGGAAGGAGGUUAGGGCGUUGGUGAGGGAGAAGAGGGAUGAGAACACACAGAGGAUUGUGUUGAGUUGGCCGGCUAGGUAUGAUACGAAGAGGGCGAGGGAAUUGGGGUUUAGUGAGGAUGUGGGGUUAGAGCAGACGAUUAGAGAUUUUGUGGAGGGGGUUAGGGGGAAGGUUUAG